ACCUCUGUCGACUGAGUGUGUGUGUUCAGGAUACAGUGUGUGUGUGUGUGUGUGUGUUUUUUCUCAGCACGCUCUCCCACCCACUCGCACACACUCCCGUUAUUUCAAGGCGCUGUGGUUCAUAUUCGACUUUACCUGUCCGAGUCGCACACCUGAGCGGACUCACCUGUCCCGACGCCGACAGACUCUUCUGCGUCUUCUGCUUUUCACUCCAGAGCCGGACGGAGAACCAGGCAGGGAGGUUUAAAGUUGUGUGAGGCGGAAAAAGGAGAUAAAAGCGCUUCGCGGCUUCGAAACGAGAAGAAAGGCGCAAGGAGGAAGGAGAAGAGGGGACCGACACCUUCCAUUUUCCUCCUCCAGCUUUGGAGUUUCCUGCUUUUCUAACUUUUGCCUUCACGUCGCGUAAAGCGGCUUUUCCACCAAGCUCCUAUAAGACACUGGGACCAACAGAGAAUGCCGAGGGCCUUUCUGGUGAAAAAGGCGAACGCUUCGCCGGUAAAGCGGAACUGGAGCGAACUCCCUGACCACGAACGGGGGGACGUCUACAUCCCAGUCUCCAUCUUCCCUCCGUCCGUCCUGAUAAUGGAAGCUGAAGCCAGCCCCGCCGAGACGACCCCGCUCUGCCUCACCAAAGAAUCCUUCUAUGACGUGCAAACACACGCCGAGCUGCCAUCCAGUACGAUGCUGGGCCGACCACAGAGCCGGGCGCCUUCACCGAUGGAGAAGUCGGAGGUCAGAAGGAGGUCGCAGGGCGACUCUGCGUACGUCCGGUCCAAAAUGAAGGUGACCACAGGCGAGUUACCUCUCGGCCCUUCUCUUCUUCCUCUCUCUCUUCCUCCAAUUCCCGCCCCGCUGUCCUUAACGCCACACGCCCCCGUGAUGCCGCACGCAUUGACGACGACCCCUGCCCCCCUGGAGGUGGUCUCCAUGGUGACCAGAUCAUCAGGUCAAAGUCAGAGUUCGUCGCCUGGGGUGAAAGGGGUGUUCGUGUGCCAGGUUUGCCAGAAGACCUUCCACCACCAGCGGAUGCUGAACAGACACGUCAAGUGUCACAACGAGACCAAGAGGCACCUGUGCAGCUUCUGCGGCAAAGGCUUCAACGACACCUUUGAUCUGAAGAGACACGUGCGCACGCACACAGGAGUCCGCCCUUACAAGUGCACCCUCUGCGACAAGGCCUUCACCCAGCGCUGCUCCCUGGAGUCGCACAUGAAGAAGAUCCACAGUGUCACCCAGAAGUACGCCUACAAGGAGCGCCGCAGCAAGCUGUACGUCUGCGAGGAGUGCGGCCACACGGCGGCGACGCAGGACGAGCUGCUGAUGCACCUGCACUCGCUUCAUCCGGACAGUCACCUCCUGAAGGGGAAGGCCGCGAGGAGAGCCGCAGGAGGAGGGGGAAGAGAGGAAGGGUCGGUCGGGGGGUCGAUGCCGGGCUCUCCGCAAGGAGCUUACAGUGAUGAUACCGCCGGAUCAGCAUAGCAGCAGAGGGGAGGGAAACCUGGGAGCAUCAGCACGACGGACUCAGGGGGGAUGGAUGAAGGACGGAUGGAUGUGUUAACUGAUGGACAUUAAGCGAUGGAUGGAUGACAGGUCAUAUUACAUCACAGUGGGGAAAGCUGAUGUGUGUACGUGUGUAUGGAAGUGGGUAUCUGUAUAUAUAUAACGCAGGCUGCUACGUUAAAAGCACCAAACAAGGCCAAGUCUGAAUUUUAUGAAUAAAUGUGCAUGGGAUUGUGAUUGUGAUGAACUUGUUAGCAUGUCUGACAUUACCAAACAAAUUUUUUUUCUUUUCUAUUGCAUGUGAGUAUUACCUGUGGGCUUCUCUGUACAGCAAAAGAUGAGUUUUUCUAUGAAAAAAAGUACUUUUUGUUCAUUAAAGGGAGUAAUAUAUUA